GGAGCGAAAAAGAAAGAAAGGAAGGAAGGAGAAAAAAAAAUAAAAAUAAAAAUUCGCCGUCUCCACGAUUCCAAUCAGAUCGGCCGGCCCCCACCUCCGUCCGAGCUGUCCGUUCUCGAAGCUUCCAUGAACGUGGAGCGCCUCGCCGUCGGCGGCGGCGGCCACCGGUACGAGCGGAUGCCUAGGGGCCCGGAGGAGGAGAGGGAGGGGGCGGCGGCGAGGCCGGAGGUGCUGGCCGCGUCGGCGUCGUUCCGGCUGUCGGAGGCGGCGCGGGUGUUCGAGGAGCUCCCCCGGGCGUCGAUCGUCGCCGUGUCGCGCCCCGACGCCGGGGACAUCACCCCGAUGCUGCUUUCAUACACCAUCGAGGUGCACUACAAGCAGUUUAGGUGGCGGCUAUAUAAGAAAGCUUCACAAGUUCUCUAUCUACACUUUGCAUUGAAGAGACGUGAAUUUCUUGAAGAGUUUCAUGAGAAGCAGGAACAGGUCAAAGAAUGGUUACAAAAUCUGGGAAUUGGGGAACAUAUGCCAGUAGUACAUGAUGAGGAUGAAGCAGACGAUGUGAAUGUUCCUGCCCAGUCUGAAGAAGGUUCCAUUAGACAUAGAAAUGUUCCUUCAAGUGCUGUUUUGCCUGUCAUUCGACCAGCUCUGGGACGUCAGCACUCGGUUUCUGAUCGAGCAAAAGUUGCCAUGCAAGAAUAUCUGAACCAUUUUUUGGGGAACUUGGACAUUGUCAACUCUCGGGAGGUUUGCAAAUUUUUGGAGGUAUCAUGUCUGUCAUUUUUACCUGAAUAUGGUCCUAAGCUAAAAGAAGAUUAUGUAUCUGUUGGACACUUGCCAAAAAUUCAGAAGGACCAUAAAGAGAACUGUUGUUCAUGUGGGUUGUUUAACUGCUGCAAGAGCAGCUGGCAAAAGGUGUGGUUUGUCCUAAAGCCAGGAUUCUUGGCUUUACUGAAAGAUCCUUUCGAUCCAAAGCUUUUAGAUGUCAUUAUCUUUGAUGCAUUGCCACAUACGGAUAUAAGUGGUGAGGGCCAGAUCUCUCUAGCAAAAGAGAUCAAGGAACGGAACCCAUUGCAUUUUGGAUUCCAGGUGUCUUCUGGUGGCCGGACUAUAAAGUUAAGAGCAAGAAGCUCUUCUAAAGUGAAAGAUUGGGUUGCUGCAAUAAAUGCUGCUCGACAAACUCCAGAGGGCUGGUAUUACCCUCAUCGUUUUGGUUCAUUUGCACCACCAAGGGGCCUUAUGCAAGAUGGGAGUAUGGUACAGUGGUUUAUAGACGGGCAAGCUGCAUUUGAAGCAAUUGCUUCCUCCAUUGAGCAAGCAAAAUCAGAGAUAUUUAUUACUGACUGGUGGCUCUGCCCAGAAUUGUUUCUCCGACGCCCGUUCCAACAUCAUGGAUCAUCUAGGCUUGAUGCUCUACUGGAAGCUAGAGCUAAGCAGGGUGUACAGAUUUACAUUCUUUUGUACAAGGAAGUUGCUCUUGCAUUGAAAAUUAAUAGUUUGUACAGUAAACAAAAGCUACUUAACAUUCAUGAGAAUGUCAAAGUCCUUCGAUAUCCUGAUCAUUUCUCAAGUGGUGUAUACUUGUGGUCACACCAUGAGAAAAUUGUGAUAGUAGAUAAUCAAGAAUGCUACGUUGGAGGUCUUGAUCUUUGCUUUGGUCGUUAUGAUACUCCAGCACACAAACUUUCAGAUGCUCCUCCUGUGAUAUGGCCAGGGAAGGACUACUAUAACCCUAGGGAAUCUGAGCCAAAUUCCUGGGAGGACACAAUGAAAGAUGAGCUGGACCGAACUAAAUAUCCCCGCAUGCCUUGGCAUGAUGUUCAGUGUGCUCUCUAUGGUCCACCUUGUCGAGAUGUCGCAAGGCAUUUUGUUCAGCGCUGGAAUUAUGCAAAGAGGAACAAAGCUCCCAAUGAGCAAGGAAUUCCCCUGCUGAUGCCUCAUCACCACAUGGUAAUUCCACAUUACAAGGGCAUAAGCCAAGAAAUUAACAGUGAGGCUGAUGGUAAACAAAAUCAUGAUAAGGAUGCUGAUGUUAAAAAACCAGUCUCCGUGGACUCACGGGCAUCGUGUCAGGACAUUCCAUUGCUUUUACCUCAAGAGCUUGAGCCACAGACAUUGCCCAAUGGAGAUUUAAGAGUGAAUGAUUUAGACAUCAACCAUUCUGAUCUCCUCCAUAAAACAAGCUUCAAUCAGCCUUUGCUUAACCGAAAGGCAAAGUUGGAUUCUUCCCGACAGGAUUUACCUAUGAGAGGCUUUGUAGAUGAUAUAAGUUCCCUUGAGUCGUCAUCUCUUAGACAUUUUGACUCUUCCAAGGAAAAAAUGUAUCACAUGGAUAAGAACUGGUGGGAGAUGCAAGAAAGAGGAGAUCAAGUUGCUUCAGUACUUGAUAUAGGGCAAGUUGGUCCAAGGGUAACUUGUCAUUGUCAGGUUAUUAGAAGUGUUGGUCAAUGGUCAGCUGGAACCACUCAAAUUGAAGGAAGCAUCCACAAUGCGUUUUUUUCUCUUAUUGAAAAGGCAGAACAUUUUGUAUACAUUGAGAAUCAAUUUUUCAUAUCAGGCCUUUCAGGAGAUGACACGAUUAAAAACCGUGUACUGGAAGCCUUAUACAGGCGCAUACUUAGGGCAGAGAGAGAAAAAAAGCGGUUCAAAGUCAUCAUAAUAAUACCUUUGUUACCAGGUUUUCAGGGAGGCAUUGAUGACGGUGGAGCUGCAUCUGUGAGAGCAAUUAUGCAUUGGCAAUACCGGACUAUCUGCAGAGGCCCUAAUUCGAUACUUCAGAAUCUAUAUGACGUUAUUGGUCCAAAAGCAAAUGAUUAUAUCUCCUUUUAUGGUCUUAGAACACAUGGUAGGCUAUGCGACGGAGGCCCUUUAGUCACUAAUCAGAUUUAUGUACACAGUAAGUUGAUGAUAAUUGAUGACCGCAUCACAUUAAUUGGAUCAGCUAACAUAAAUGAUAGAAGCUUGCUUGGUUCAAGAGAUUCUGAGAUUGCUGUGGUCAUUGAAGAUAAAGAAGUUGUCACUUCCAAAAUGAAUGGAAAACCUUGGGAAGCUGGGAAGUUUUCUCUAAGCCUACGUCUCUCUCUCUGGGCAGAGCACCUUGGCCUUCAUCGAGGAGAGGUUAGCCAUAUUAUGGACCCUAUCGAUGACUCAACUUUCAAAAAUAUCUGGAUGGCCACUGCUAAGACAAAUACCAUGAUUUACCAAGAUGUCUUCUCUUGUGUUCCUAAUGAUCUCACCCAUUCAAGGGUCCAAUUUCGGCAAAGCUUAGCUCACUGGAGGGAUAAAAUCGGUCACAACACAAUCGAUUUGGGGAUAGCCCAAGAGAAGCUGGAAACCUACCAGGACGGUGAUCUCAAGGGUGCAGAUCCUAUGGAAAGAUUGCAGAUGGUCAAAGGUCACCUUGUUUCUUUCCCAUUGGAUUUCAUGUCCCAAGAGGACUUGAGACCAUAUUUCAGUGAAAGCGAAUAUUAUACUUCUCCACAAGUUUUCCAUUAGCUUAUUUUUCAUGGAAAAGUUAUCACCUACUGCCAUAGUUGUACAUAGUUCAGGGGUCAGCCUUUAGGUAUUUUAGAUGUUUUGUCAACAAAUAGGGAAAAAGAAAGAAAUUACAAACCACGGGCUGGUGAAAGGUAUACAAGUAUAGUUAAGUCACCGGUGCGUGUCUUAUUUCCUUUUCGAGCAAGAAUAUGCCUGCUCAAUUUGUUCUGUUCCACACGAAGAAUACAGGAACGUAGAUAGUUGAUACGGCACCUUUUUUUUUCCUUUUUAGGGAAGAAAUAUUCCUGUUGAGCUAACUCGUUGUUGACGUACAGAAAAGUUUGUUUUGCCUUCAAAGCUGUCUCUGCCUCUCUGUACGUGUAUAUCAUACAUUGUCCAGAACUAAAUAAUGGCAUUCGGUCCAUUCUUUUUUAAUGGAAACCAAUGUCAAUCCAUGUAACCAUCUACUGUUAAUGGCUUGAGGGCUUAAUGUUUCAUGUGCUAGCUUCUGAAGAGCAGAGGGCUAGAGCCAGUUAAAACUAAAAUGCUUUAAUGCCAGUCCUUUUUGGACACAAUGGAAGUUUGUAUUGAUGCAAAUUGCAGCGAAAACCUGUACAUGAGUACUGG